AUGACUAUUCCACUAUCUCUACCAUUUGCUAAUCUUCGCUAUUUAAAACUUUUACGUUAUUCAUUUGAUCAAUUAAAAACUAUUUGCUUGACAACACCACAACUUAAAACAUUAAACGUUACUGUCAUACAUCAAACAUCAAAAAUUGAAUUUCAAUGUCAACUUAAUUAUUUAACUCGACUUGUUCUACAAAUUGAUGAUUUUCGUGUAUCAAUGAAUGAAAUAGAAAAAUUUCUAAUAAAUUUUCCUCGUUUGAAACAUCUCGAAUUAUGUACAAAGAGUCAUAUUGAUCUUACUAAUGGACAUCAAUGGGCAUUAUUAGCAAAACAUUGGAUUACACUGAAAUUUAUAUUCAUUAUCACGCUUCAUUCGAUCGAGAAAAUUCUUGAUACAUUUCGAACUUCAUUUUGGAUAAAAGAAAAACAUUGGUUUGUAGCUUAUGACAACAAUUAUCUUUAUACAAUACCUUGUUCUAUGUAUAAACAUGUCGAUGAACUCUUUCAACCACCAGAAUAUACAACCAUUUUAAAAAAUGCAACCUUCUAUGAUAAUGUUAAAAAAUUAACAUUAAAUUAUAAUUUAAUUGACACUUGUCAUCGCUUUAUGAAUAUUACAACAUUAGAGAUUGGAUGUAAAUAUAUUUCCGUAGAAAUUCUUUCGGCUAUUGUUAAUCUAAUUGGAGUGAAAAAUUUAACAUUAAAUACAUCGAUGAAUAAGUCAAACAUCAAAUAUCUUUUUAAUAAUAUGCCUCAUCUUCAAAAUUUAUCAAUUGAUACUUUGAUGACAGAAAUAACCUACGAACAUUUUCAAAAUUCUGGAAGAAAUUUUUCAGAUUUUCUCCAAAAAAUUAAGGGUCUACAAUUCGAACAAAUUCGUACAUUAACAAUUUCUGAAUAUCAUAUUAUUAAUGAUUCAUAUACUAUUCAUCAACUUUGUCAUCUUUUUCCAUAUAUCGAACGAUUACAUGUAUCAAUUGGACGAUUGAAUUAUAUAAUACAAUUGAUUAAUAGUUUUAAAUAUUUAUCAAGUAUUUCAUUUACUUUGAAAUAUUUGUCCAAUGAUGAAAAAGAAUUUUAUAUAUUAAAACCUGAAUUGAUCAUUGACCGUAUUGGAUCAUUACUUAUGUCGACAUUUGCAUAUCAAUUGAACGAUUCAUGUUUACACAUGUGGAUCAAAAAAGAAGUGAGUAUUGAGAAUAUAUAAAAUACGAAAAUAGCGAAACACAUUUUAGUUCAUUGUUUAUGUACUGACAGAAAAUCAAAUUUUCGAGCAUCGAUCACUAAUAAAAUUUUUUCCUCUGGAAGGUCAUGCUUCAUUUAAUAUUUAUGAAUAUAUUAUAUAUAUAUAUAUAUUGUCAGUUCAUGAUGAUCGAUUAUCUAUCACUCGCUACAACUUUCAAAUGGAAUCGUUUUUGUGAAGAGGAAUUAUCAUACAUUAGUAAUAAUUGAUAUGUAAAUAGUAUAAUUGUUAUAAAUGUGAAUAACAUAUUGUUAAAACUUUUAGAAACACGAUGAUAGAAAAUAGUCGAAUCGCAUCUGGAUAAAUAACGGUCACUAUAUUAGCAUUUCAAAUUUACAGCACAUAAUAUUUUGAUAUGAUUAAUUAUAUAGAACUAAAGUCAGUUCAUGAAAAUAUAACAUUCUCCAAUAUUAUGUGAACAACAUAUCCACUAUACUUAGAACUAUCAUUAAUAGUUAGUUAUUCAUCUUUAGAACGACGAACCCAUUCAUAUAUCGUAGUAUGUGAUAGACUUAUAUCACUGUAAAACUAUCACCAUGUAUUCAUAAAUAUUGGAUGGCAACUAGUCUUUUAAAACAUAAAACUUUGUUGCAGUUUUUUUAAUUUACUAUCAGUGUAUAAACAAUGAUCUAAAAUUUAUUUGGAUAUUUUAUGCCGUAGGUUUGUGUAUUUCAACUGAGUUGAUGAUGUCUACGAAUAGAGGACUGAACGAACUACACACAGACACUAGUACCAAUACAACAAUGCUUCUUAUUGUUUUUUAAUAAAACCUGUCUCGAUACUUUUUGUGCUUGCGCUAUGUACUCGUACCGCAUGUAGAAGUAUAUAAUGCUUGUACUUCGAGACAAAUACUUUUUUUUACUUAUACCUAAAUUCGAAACAAUGUCCUCUGUUUUUUUAUUCCACUGCUCUUUUGGUUUCGUUGAAAUUUUGAUAGUUACUCAUAAUGCUAGAAUGAUUAUCAUAGUUUUCAAUUUCUUUCGAUGUUUUAACCGCAAACCAAGGAUCUGAAUUCAUAUAGAUUCUUCUUAUUGUCAUGAAAAACUAUAUUCAGUAUGGGCAUGGUAUCGAAGGGGGAUAUUUAUUUAGACAUGCCCAUGACAGAUUUUGAAGAAAUCCAAACAAUCAAAGAAGACAAUAUCUUCAAGUGACUUACAGUGAAUUUAUUGCUAUAUUAGACUGAAAAUUUUCAUUAAAAAAGAGUUCAGCAGUCAUUUAUGUUGUAAUUCGAGAAUAUCAUGGCAGUUUUCGAAAAUUUAUUACAGCUACUCAAUCUUACUUAUACAAUUUAUUUUAUUUAUAUCUCUAAUAAAAAUACGAAGUACUCUGUUUUCGUACUUAAGUAUAAGUACCAAGUAUACGUAAGAGUACUUAUACUUUUACGUUUUACUUGAAAAACUACAGAAAGUUGAAGUACAAAUACUUUCAUCUUACGUCUAAUAUAAAAUUGAUGUUAAUUAUUUUUUGUUAGUCGAAAACAAUUAUUCGGAUAAAUGAUCAAUCAAAAAAACGAGAUUAUUUUUGGAAUUGGUUCAAUUAUAUAUUAAAUCAACGUUCAUUCUUAUCAUUUAUUAUAUCUUUCAUCUUGAUCAAUCAUCUUGUUAAUAUUUUCAUCUGCAUUUGGACUUAUUUAUUUUCGGAUGCUCUUAUAAAAACAAACCUUUUCUUUAGUAUAUUUCAACCUUCUGUAGUUCGACAUAUCAAUGAAUUUUAUCCGAUAGUAUUCAAAAAAUAUGAUCGAACAUCUGUCUAUCUAUUUGGUUAUGUUUUUGUUUGGAUAUUUACCAUAAUUGCAUACAUAUUUUCUGAGAGAUGGCAAUUAAUUUUUGUCGAUAAGGUAAGUCUAUCAAGAUCAAUAACUAAAUAUUGUCUAAAUUGAGGAUUAAUCAAAUUAUUAGAGAUUUAUUUAAGAUUUACAUAAUAAACUGACCAGAAUAGUGAACUAAGAGAUAUGCUAAUUGUUAUAUAAAUCGAUUCGUUUUAGAUCAGUGAUACGAGUAAUUACCCAGAUAAUCGUAUACUACUUUUGUUUAUCCAUCCAUGCGGUUACAUCCUAGCUGGUAUUGGAUGCAUAUAUUGUUUCUUCAUUCGACACAAUAUGUUUACAUACUAUCAAUGGAUCAUUGGUCUUAUUUUCUAUUGUAUAAUUGGUAUAUGUGUUUGUACGACAAAACUCUUCUUUACUAAUUUUGUUCUAUAAAUAAACUUUUGUUUUCUUUUCUUUUUUGUUAUCAUAUGUUCAUUGAAUAAAUUGUAGUUUUAGGAAGUAGUAAUGAACUAAUAUACCACAUUUUUUCAUUCAACAUGUUCGAUUAGCAUUGCGAUUCGUUGUAUGAUAAUUGCAUUUAAAAUCUUUGUCUAUUCCAAAUGGCGUACAGUCACGAAACUUAACUAGCUGAAAAGUUGUAACUUUCUUUACUUAUCACGAGGGUGUGGAUGUGGGUGGCUGGGUGUAGGUGUGGGUGUGGGUGGGUGGGCAAGGGGGGAAAAGCGAAUUCUGGUGGAUUCUGAUGGAUCCUGAUGAAUUGUAGAAUAAAUUAUUUGAAGUGUGCCAAAACGAAGGUGGAAAGAUCUGAGCCUAGUAGAUGCAAGGGUGCAUUAUACUGAGGAUCCAAAGUCCGCCCGAGAGAAUUUUGCUGGAAAUGAGCCCUCCAAUUAUGAGCACCUCCUUAUUCUCAACUGCGCGCACUUUUUUUAGUUCUAUGAGUAACAACAACCCCCUAUAAUGUGAGCAAUGCAUCUUCUACCGUUCACGUGCAGAACAAGGAAAAAAAACUCUACUGUGCGUGUUACAUUGUCAUGAACAAUCAAAUAACAUAUAAGGAUAAGAUGGAUUAACCAUUCGUAUUUAGCUCCUUAAUUACACUUAAUUCUGUUGUUGGAUACUUAUCAACAUCUCGCAAUAUAAUACGAAAUGAUGGAAAGGAUUGUCUUGAUGACUCACGUCGAAAACGAGCUGAUGAGUCAUUGGAAAUUUUCUUAGGUUGAUGGUACGUAUUGAAAUAUGAAUGAUUAGUUGUCGAUACUGAUGUUUUUAUAAUUUCCUGUUGAUUCCGAUUAGAUUGGGUAGAAUGAUAAUCAAAUCCAGUAUUGUUACCAGUCAUCUCCAGUCGAUUACGUUUAGGUGUAUGAAUUGCUGUUUCAUAGUUCACUUGGAUGUUGAACAGACCGUUUCCUAUUGGAAGAACAAUGCAUCUGUUCAUCAGUAUCGGGUGUGGGUGUGGAUUUAGGUGUGGGUGGGUGUGGGUUUGGGUGUGGGUGUGGGUGUGGCUGGGUGUGGGUGUGGUGUGGGUAUGGGUGUGGGUGGGUGUUGGUGUUCAUCUUGUGUUCAAUCGAACCC